AUGAAAUCUGUAACACGUUUUGAAGGCUAUUCAGAGGAAUGGGAAGAGAGGCAGAGAAAGGAAGGGAGGAAUAGAUUACUUCUUAUAUCUACUAAAACGUUCAAGUUACAUGAUUGGGAUCUCUCGUGGAAUUCCAAUGAAUUUCCAGAAUUUACACUUUGUUUCGAAGAGACACUUCUCGUAUGGAUUCCGUGUCUACUCUUAUGGCUGCUAUCGCUCUACGAAUUAACUGUUGUCCAUAUGCUAUCUUCUGAUGCCCAUUUCACUGGAUUAGUGGAUAGUUAUUGGUUUGUCACACGAAUGCUAUACUUUCCCGUAACAAUGAAUCCGGAAGAGACGGCAUCCUUCUUGUCUCGGGUGACCUUUUGGUGGUUCAAUUCAAUGAUAUUUAAAGGAUAUAAGAAACCAUUGGCCACCGAAGACAUGUGGUCG